UGUCAGUGCCUCCUCGAGGCAGGUAGAGACUCUUGUCAUUGAGAAAAUCCCCUGUUGGGACACAUGCGUCCUCGUUCCACCUCUCCCGCGAACUGGUCCGGUCUUGUCUGGAUCGAGCCCUCGGUAGCGGCGAUAAUACGUGGCUCGAUUCGGAUAUUGUGUCACCGUCUCAUCUUUAUUGUAGAGGGUUCUGUCUUUCCCGCUUCCGUCGUCCUACCUUCUUUGCCGUGUUUUGCCGCAACCGUGCCGGCGGAACGGCAGCUGCAUCAUCGACGUCCUCUUCGUCGUGGGCCAUCUCGAGAACCUUGUAUCGCUUCGCUACGGCAGCCCCUGUGACACGAGCACGCAUGCGGUCUCAGAACUACUGAAUAUAUAUCGCUGCGAUAUGGAUGGCUCCUACGGAAAUGUCUUGCCUCCCAGUAGCAGGUCCAUGUCUCCAAGCAUGCCGCCGCCGAGUCAGGACGCAUAUAAAAUCAAUGUAAACCGACAAAAGACGAAGAAAUGGGCGAAUUUCAAACCCCAAAACUACGAUGGCGAUGAUUGGGGUGCCGAUGACGAUGAAGCGAAGGACCAGCCAGAACCUCCACUCCCCCCAAAACCGAUGGGCCCGCGCCAUCCAACAGCGUCUUCGUCGGCUCCGAGACAGUUCCAGCCCCCUGGAACGGCGCCUAUAUACACGCACACUAGGCAACCUGUGGGUGCGCCCGCGGCCAGCACAGGCCAGCCCCUGACCGUGACUGAGCAGAACGCGUCUUAUCGACCGUAUGUUCCCGGUGCAGAUGUAUCGACACCUAGUGGUUAUUCCAGUAGCCAAGGAUAUCCUCAUCCGCUGCUUUCUCCAAACUCAAGGCGCAACUCGCCCUCCCCGCACAGCGCUAGCUCGCUUCCUUCACAACAGGUCGGGCUUCGAAAGGAUAGCCCGGGACCAUACGAUGCCGUCGAUUCGAACAGCGCAGUGAAGCAGCCGCGGCCUAACCAACAAACAGCCGACAAUUCAGAUGCCCGAACAGCAACAAGCCCGAUGUCACCACAGAACCCGAGGUCUUUUGUGUCAGCGGACAAACCGCUUCCUUUCAUUCGCCCGGCUGAUGUCUAUCGACGCAUGGCGGAAGAGGCGAAAGGAGGACGGCAACCGUUGGAGACUAGGACAUUGAGCAUGGACAGCCCUGUGGCCCAACCCAGUCAGCGGCCCGAACCGUCGCAAGCCCGAUUACAGGCAGGAAUAUCGAGCCCCCUUGGUCUUCCCGCUCCACCUGCUGAAAGGAAGAGCGAGUAUGGCAUUGAAGGACUGCUUGACAGCUAUUCUGACGAUGCUCGCGUGGACCCUUCUUCGGAGGUUGAGAUGUCAACGAGGGCCGCUACUACAGGUCAAGAUGGGAUGAAAUCGGCCGUGCCCCACCCAUCUGCUGAGCUCAAGUCACACGAGCGCGUUCGACGCUUUUCGACAAGCCCAAAACUACCAGAUCUAGCACGCAUGUCAGGUUUCGGUGAAGACCUCUUCUCCUCGAGCCUAUUCCCUGAUUCGAAAGCGCAGUCGCAAACUUCGGAAAUUGCGCCGCCUCAGCUCGUCAUCGCUCCCGCUGACUCUGCGAAUGCAGCAGAGAUAUCGGCCCAAUCGCCCCUCGCCUCGACGCUUCGGGACACGCCCUCGGCCGCAGCGUCAGACAUAGAGAAAAUGGGCAAACCUAACCCUGAUGCAGACACCAAGGCACUGCCUGUGCGCUCCCCAUCUCCUUCUAGUAAACCAGAGCGGAUUGAAGAGCAGGCAUUGCAAAAGGUCAGCGGAACGCAGCCGGUAACUGGGGUUUCUGAGCAGCAACAGGCCACAGGAGGGGGGUCAUUGGGAGCGCAGGGGACCAGAGACCAGUUUCUCUCCCGGCCCCAUCUACCAGGCGGCUGGGUCUCUGAGACUCCAUCUUCGCCCGGUGAAAUAUCCCAUGCGGAUCCCUCUCAAGAACAGGGGCCCAGUGCCGUUGGUUCUGGAAUGGUAUCAUCAGCGGCCGAAGCCAACGCUCAGCCGCAAUCCCCUCCAUUAGGUGCCGAGCAGCCUCAGCAACCUGGGCCAGAAACAGCAGGUGACGUGAGGGUUUCCAGCCCCGUUGAACGCGAAGUACAAGCGACUUCGCACCCCGCUUCACCACGUGCCAUACCCUCUCCUAGAACCUCGAGUCCAGCUCGAAACACAGAACUUGAAAAGCCCUCUCCAGAGGCCACAGCCAACGCCAAGGACGGCGACGCGCCACCUCCCGCUAGCAGGCGGUCCUCCAGCUCAGUAUCAAUGGGUAUAACUACUCAUCCCUCCGAAAUCCCACCGACCGCGCCUUUGAACCCACGCCGAGAAUCGCCAGCGCCGGGUGCCGACAUGAAGCCAGUUAUGGGUUCCCCGUCAUUUGAGACCCCUUCAGUUGUCACCCCUCCAGCCUUGGACGCCUCAAGUAAUUCUCCAGUCAAAGACAGUGACAUGCUUAGCGAGGAGAUUCUCAAGUCUCUCAGCCCAGCGCUUCCCGCCAGCACUUCCCCGGAUCCCGCCGAGGCAUCUACUGCCGCUUACCGCGCAGCUGCAGGUCCCGUCCGCGAAAGCAGUUACCUAGGUGAUGUCUAUGAUGAUUACUGGACAGCAACUGAGGAAAAGGUGGACCCGAGCUUUCUUGAAAGUGGCAAGACGGUCAAGACAGAAAGGGUUACAGAGGCCCCGAUAUCAAACCCGGCCGACUCGCCCGAUCAACAGCCUAUCGCGCCGUCUUCAAGCCUACCUAAUAUCGGUCGACCGGCUGUUCCUUCUACGACUGAAGCUUCGGUUGAUCACACUGCGACCGCAACUGAGCAGGAAAAUUCUCAAAGACCCUUCUCCUGGGAGCCAUUAAAGCUCCGAGAUCCCGCCGAAGCUCCGUCUCCAGUGACUGGAAUGUUUGUCGAACAGAAGGCAUUGGGCUCGGGUGUUAGAGGUGUGUCUGCUUUGGGGCCAAAGACUGUUGUUCCCGAGGACAAGGCGUUGCCAUUGAUCUCCGAAACAAAGGCGGCGCAUUCCCCUACAAAGACGGACAAUUUCACCCCUGUGCCGGACGAACCUCCCGCUGGAAACACUUCACGGCGAUCACUUUCGUCCGCCUCCGGCUUAUCCGAUAGACACGAGGGUGCUCAGAAGCUGUCCCUAAUCGAGGAGAAAAUAGCGCUUCAAGAACAAUCAAAAGCCUCUCCCCUCGCCUCGCCGCUUGAAAAGCAUCCUGCCCUUGCCGAAGCCCUGCAGACGCAGCAGGCUAUGGACUCAAGUGCACCUUUACCGAGGAAAGAAGCCUUCAACGUAUUAUCUUUUCGGAACAUCAUGGACAUUGGUUCGCCGGCGGAGCGGAUCAAACAUUACAAUGAGACACGGUCACAAUAUUCCGCCAUGGAUAGCGGACUGGACGAGUGGGUGAAGGUUAUGUUGUCCAAGCAUCCCGAACAUGCGAAUGCCGGUUUCACAUACCCAGGGCCUGCACCUAAUGCCCAGCAAGGCUCGCAGGGAGCGGGGACAGCGCUGCCCCAGAACGCAAGGCCAUCAGCGAGCAUAGGUAUGCCAUCGCAGCCAUACGGUUCUGGUGGAUUAGGGCAGUUUGGACACUCGAGUCAUCAGAUGGGCACCAAGAGCAGAGAACUGUUGAUGGCAGCGGGCAAGGCUGGAAAAGGACUGCUGAGUAAAGGACGAAACAAGCUUAGGGGCACGGGCGACAAGGUGUUUUCCACUUCAUAAACGAAUCGCGGUUUCUCUCUACAGCGUUUAAUUGAGAUUGGGACAAAUAUCCAUCAUAUCAUGCAUGGACUGGGCAUAGGCAUGGACGCUGGGAUAUGGUUGGCCGUGUACUUCGUACGGGUAUUUGUACAACACAUAAUCAAGGCCGGGCAGAUGAAUUUGUCCAACACCCCCAUCCUCCCAGGAACCACCGGCUAUUCCGGUAAUGAAUCACAGCGUGGACGGGGAAUGAAGCAGCUGAAAUAAAGUGUC